GGUUUUAGUCCAUACGAAUAACGAGGAGUGAGCGGAUCUCACGUGGGACCGGGUAGUCCCGUAAAAAAUUGUUAGCAUGGAAAAUGCGACGAAAAUAAUAAUAGUCUCGCUUAUUUGGGAUGGUAAUUUCCCCAUAGGAGCGAGAUCCUAAAGAUGGUGGUGGGGGUUGGCUAAAGAUUUAUUUAUUAUUCACGACGAACGAAACGAAUUUAGUUAGAUACAUAUUUUUCAUAAUAAUCUGACCGACGACCCACCCCAGUAAAAAAAAAGAGUCAUUAUUGCGCCAAAUCUCUCCCCUGACUUGACCAUGUCAGAACGAGAGAUCUAUUUCUUAAGGUCAAAAUGUCAAUCUUUAGCGAAUCAAACGAAGCAAUUAGAAUUAACAAAAAGUCGACUUCAAACUCGGCUAAGUGCGGUGCAAGCCUCGUUGUUGUCGUCGUCCUCGAGCGUCGCAGAAAUUCCAACCUGUCAUUGUCACUGCCCAGAUGGGGAGAAGAUUAACGUGGAAAAGUUGGACACCGCUGUGCAGCUUCUGAAACUCAGAUUGCAGUGGGAACUCAAUCAAGCCCUGCUGCAAAGACAGAUGAGUAGUUCUACCAAUUGUUGCAGAGGACGACGACCACAAGAGAACAAUUGCCGCAACACGACCAGCAACUUCCGAUCCGAUCAUUUACUAGUUUGGGGGACGCAGAGAAAAAAUCAAUUAGCAACGUUGCUCAGUUAUACGUCUCAACAAGACAAAAACAGCAAAAUUAUUACGGAAAGGAGGCAACAGUGGACGACGACGCGUCAGGUUUGGGACGGGCAAAAACAACGUCCACACGUUGGAGAGACGACGGCCAAACUGAAAAAGGCCUUUACGCGACGGAUGACAAAAUUGCGGAAAGAAAUCAACGCGAGGGAUCAAUCUAUUGCACAACUUGAAACCUCGGUUUCCAACUUGUCCACGAAAUUAUUAGAAUCAUCUUCUCGCAAUUAUGUGGAGGAUGGUAAUAAUUUUGGCGUAUUGAAGAACGGUACUGAGGAGGAGGAGAAGAUUGCUAUUACGGGAAGAUCAGAUUCUUCUUCAUCCGGAGGCCCUGUGCGAUAUCGGGUUCAACGAAACAGGUGGAACACGUCGCGGCCCUAUCACGUCAGACAGAAGAGCCGCCCUUUAAGUCCGAACUAUGCCUCAAAGUCCAAAAUGAAUGAGUCCGCUGACGACGACGUUUUGGAUAAUCGACAGCCGCAGCAGUAUUUCUCCCUCCCAAGUAACAUUCUGCUGGGUCAGUACAACAACUAUGCCUACUCUCAGUGUGGAGGUUCGGGAUUGGAAACGCUGCCCGAGGCGAGCAGUGAGGAGGAAAGUUUAACCACGAACGAUGAUAACGACCACGACGAGCCGACUCCUGACACUUUGCCACCAAUUCCACCGCAAUUCUCGUCCUUAUCGAGGGGCAAGAGUCGGAGUGCGGCGUCCUUGGAGGCGUUGCUGGAGGGGAGUCAGCAUCACCACGGGUCAAGGCGGAAACGUUUCGAGGAAGAGUUUACAGAUCGGCGGAAGAAAGAAGAAGAAUGCGAGAGUCAGGACGGCCAUAAAAUUUUCUUGCUCCAAUCAAUCAUUCAACAACUGCGAGAUGAAUUGCGAGAAUGUCGAGAUCAAAACGAACUGCUGGAGUUUCGACUGCUGGAAAUUGAAGAAGCUCCGUCGUCCUCCUCCUCCUCGUCGAACAAUAAACAAAGCGAUGUCGACAACGGCGCCCUGCUUGACGAGGGGGAAAGAGAUCACUCCGGUGAUAAGACACCCUCCAUCGGAAGUCCAGAGUUACCAAUGGACGACGCCAUUCCUCCAUCCCCGGAGGAGGAGAAUCGUCACGCAGCAGCCACCGAGUCUCGAAGUUCUUGCAGUAGCGACUGUUCUGAAAGUCUAAGUUUGCAAGAAAGUGGCAUUUUUGACGGACAGGGUUCAGAUGACGGCUUAUCAAGUCCGAGAUCCGGUCGGAACCACAUUUCUCGUGAAUUAGCCAACCUAACAUUUCAAAUUGAGGAGCUCCUUCGCCGCUAUAAUGAAGGGGCCGAGUCACGAGGGCAGGAGAAGAGGUUGGACACUUUGGAAAGGAGUAAAUUCAACGUCGCGUCAGAUUUGAGUUAUUGUCGCCAGCGAAUUCAAGAAUUUGAAAAGCGACUUUCUCAAAUGAAUGACAUUACUUACAUGAGAAGUUUAGAGGAUAAAGUUAACCUUUUACUCGUGGAUAAUAAACGGCUGGAGGAGGAGAGGGCGGAAAUCGAGGAGGCAGAAAAUGACACGAGAUACCUUUGCCAAAGAUUGGAGGAGAAAGUCCGCCAGUUAAAAAAGAAGAAAGUCGCCUUCCAAGUAAAACUGAACGAAGAACGAGAAAACAUGGAAAGCCUACAACUCCAAAUUUUAAAACUCCAAAACCAAAAUUCCCUCACUUCCUCCAAAGUUUUACAUUUAGAAGGCCUCAUUCAAGGCUACGAACAGAAAAAUUUCGAACUCGAAGAGUCCUGCAUGGAAAUCCAGGACUGUUCCGCGGAUCAAGUGCAAUUCGUAAUCUACGCCAUGCCCGUCAUCUCCUUUGUCUACUUUUACCAAUAUUUUAUCUUCUACUACUUUGAUCGUCUCAACUGCUCCAAUCCCAUCCAUCGGAUUAGAACCGUCUAUUCCAUUUGUGCCCCAGAAGAAUCUCUGACAGAUGUCCUUGUAAAGUCAAAAAGUCCGAGGAAGCACAAGCUGUCCAACCCUCUCAAAGAAGAACCCAUCGAAAAGAAGUGGAAAAGUGUGAAAGAACGGAUUUUCAACGCGGAAGAAAUGAUCGCCAAGUUGAAGGGGAAUGCUAAUGAGGUGACGGGAAGAGGAAGUGGUGUCAAGUGCAAUCACAUGGAGACGCAAACAAACCAAGCAGAACUCGACCUAUUCCUGGAGCAACUUGUUGCUAGAAAGCAGACCGAGUGGAGCACGGUGGAGAAAUCUCUCUACGAAAAAAUUAAUGCCUUGGAACAAAACGUUGAUGGACUUCGGAGCGGAUUUGCCUCGGAACGAACCCAUCUGAUGGAAAUGUAUGAGCAAAAGUUGGGCGAGAAGGAGGCUCAAGUGAAGGAAAGCCGUCACUGGGAGGAAGACGCGAAAGAGCUGAGAGAGAAAUGGAACUCUUUAACCAACGAGUUGGAGCAAUUUGUUGCCUACUUUGGCAAAAACUUAUUACUGGGUCAGCAGCAGCAGGAUUGUUUCCGUGGAAUGUCCGAGAUGGAGAAUUCAUACGAACCACAGCAGCAGCGCCAAAUUCCACUUAUUGGACCACUGCACCAGUUUUCCAAAGCGGUCAGCCAAGCGGAAGCGACGGAUUCUGAAGCAGCAGUCGACAUUGGCGUUGGUGGUGGUUCUUUUGGUCGAGAUGUGGAGCCAGAUGUGAUGAUUAAGUUGAUUCCCCUUCUUCAAUCAAGUUUGAAAGACCACUUGGCUCGAUUUGAGUGGAGAGAACAACAACUUGUUUGCGAAAUUGAUCGAUUGGUUGCAGAAAUGAAGGUGAAUGCAGAACAAUCAGAGAGCAACGUGGUUGCCCACUUGAGCGAGGAGAACGCCCGGUUACAGUCCCUCCUCAAGGAUGACAACAGGGCCUGGAGUGACCUCAAACUUGCCCAAGAGGAUAAUGAACGCCUCCGACUGGACCUCAUGCAGAUGGACGUACUUCGAAAAAGAGUCGAGGAAAGUGUGCGGAACGAGGCGGAGUUUCGAGAGCGGUUGGAAGACUGUGAACGGAUCGAGGAACGUCUCCAAGCCCAGUUGGCUGUGAUGAAGCGGAAGGAAACCAAAGGCGAGGAGAAAGUCCAGCAGCUUAUUCAUGAACUUCAAUUCCUUCGAAGUAAAUGCUGUCAGCUGCAGGACGAGGUUGAUACCAGGAUCGUGAGUGAGACCAAGUACAAAACCGAGAUGCAAUGUGUAGCUGCCAAACUGAGGGAGACAAUGUCCGAACUGGAGGAGAAAGAGGUGCAGAUGGAGAGCAAUGAGAACUUGUUACAGGGAAAGAUUACCCAACUAAAAACCCAGUUGCAAGAACUGUACCAAAACUACAUGGAUACCGAGUGUUCGAAUGGCAUGCUCAAAGAGGAAGUUUCCUACUUGGAGAAAACUGUGGAGGAGGCGGUGAGCAAGGGGAAUAAAAGUGACAACACGAUUACAGCCCUCAGCUCCGAGUUGAAACAGAAGGACGGUUUGAUCGACGAGUUGGAAGGACAACUUCGAAAUCUUCGAAUGCACCAGCCCUCCGUUGACCCCGGGGUUCCUCAUGAACUCUCCGAUUUCAACAAUUGCCAAGGCGGACUGACCGGCGUGGUGAGGGCGGUGCAGGAAGCUGUCGGGCUUAUCAAGAAAUGUCACCAGUGUGAAAGUGUGGGUUCGAAACUAAUGGACGUGGCAGAUACACUAAUACCGUUAAUCCAAAUCCUCCAAUCGUCUCCUGUGGCAGAUUUCCACUCCUCGAUGGAGCUGGAAUUUGGGAUGAAAAGAUGUGAAAGCGACGAAAUUUUAAUUAUUCCCACGGCAACCCCAGGCAGCAGGAGAAGGAUGGACGAUGCAAAUUCUUCGAAUCUUUUCAAAAGUCCCAAGGGGAACGUCGUCGUUGCGCAACAGCCAAUAGUCGAUGAGGACGAAAUACUAAUUGCACGCCUCCAAAAAACCAUGGCUCGUCUCACCCUGCAAAUCACCAAAUUGGAGGAGAGUCUCAACAUCAAACAAGGCGAGAUGAAGGAAUCCCACCUGACGGAGAUGAGACUCUGGAAACAUCGCUGCACCGAGAAAAACGUGCUCAUCCAAUUACUAGCCCGUAGAAUUGCUCACCUAAGUGCCACAGAUGUUGAAGGACACUUUAUCAACGGGAUUUUGACGGAAAUAAGGAAAUUAGAGAAAGAAUUUGCCAAAAACUCGGCUCCGCCACCUGCCCCACACCAGCAGCAGAAUCAUCAUCACCACCUUUCUCUCGGGGAAAGAUCACACAAGAAAAAUGAGAUUUUUUCUUCCUCCCUGCGAGACUUUUCCUUCAACACGCUCCGCUCCUUCUUGGCAUCCGAGCGUCAAAGAGUUUUGGAGUUGUUGGAGAGUGUCUCCUUCGGGACAAUUGAAGAGAGUGGCGUUGGAGAUAAUCGUGUCUCCACUGACACAGAUGAGUCUUCCCCUCAUCCUGGCCAUCCUGGUGGGGUGGACUUUCGCGUGGUUCGGAAAAUCGGGGAUGAUGCGCUUCUCGUGAGUUGGACGGUACCUGGUGGGCCUACCGAUAAGGGAACUGCUUCUUCCAGUGGAUAUGAGAUCGCCGUGAACGGAUCAACCUAUUUAAAAAUACCCAAAGCCAAUCGCCAUAAAGCUGUACUUUUCGGACUCAACUUUGAGGAACCUCUCCGGCUCACGUUCAAAUGUCCGGGAGAUCCGGACCUCGAGGAGUCUACGAUUACCUUUAUUUCUUGAUAAACUUGUGUUAACCUCUAUUUUUCCACGUCCACGCCUCGCUCGAGAUCCAACCUAAAUAUUACCUGAUUGAUUACCUACUUAAAUACUUACCUGUCGGAGGAAUUAUGUAAUUACCCCGACGAGAAAAAAAGCUUUUGAUAACUAUUUACAUACACUCAUGUCAGUCACAUUUAGUAAAUUAUUCCAUUUAAAUAAUGAUAAUGAUAAUAUGAAUCCCUGUGUUGUUGGACUGGCUUUAAUGAAAAGAGAAGAAGAAUAGUCUAGUUUAUUUAGUAAUUUACUGUUAGUAAAAGCAUGCCGAAAGUGUGUGUUAUUUGUAGUUCGAAUAAAAUAGCGGAGGAGGAGGAGGAGGAAGACUAUGGUGUGUGUGAUACAUGGUAUGUCAGAGUGCCACUAUUUACCAGAUACCCAAAAACAAGGCGAGGAAUCAUUAAAUAAAGUAUUGCGUGAUUGAUGUCUAUA